AUGGCCAACGCUAGGCAGACCGUUCACCAACAAGCCACCCAAGGCUUCACUGGUCUAGCGUCACCCAUUACUGUUCCACCUAUAGUUAGCGAGAACUCAUGGCAGAUUCCAUCUUAUGCCAUGCAAGCCAUCACCAAUAGCAUCCAGUUCCACGGUCGCGAGGACGAGGGCGCACCGGCCCACAUAAACCGGUUCUCCCGUAUCCUAGCCACCUUUAGCCUUCACGGUGCACCCAACGAUGCCACCUACCUACAGCUUUUCCCAUUCUCAUUAGCCGGCCGUGCGGCUACUUGGUUGGACUCUCAACCAACCGGGACCUUUACCACUUGGGUGGGGCUUCGUCAAGCCUUUUUGAACAAAUAUUUCCCGCCCGCUAAAGCCUCACGUCUUAGAGACCAAAUCCACUCCUUACGCAUGGAGCCCAACGAGCCUUACUACCUUGCUUGGGAGCGUUUCCAAAACCUUUGUGCUCGUUGCUCCCAGCAUGGUCUUUCUGAUUGGGCUUUGUGUGAGAAAUUUUAUAACGGUCUCACCCAAGAGACUCGUGAUAGGUUCGACACUAAUGCGGGAGGGCAUAUGAUGGGUAUUCUUACUGUUGCUGAGUGUUUAGAGCGUUUUGAGGCAUUUGCUCAGUCGCAAUCCCAAUCACGAUCCGAUCAGCGGUAUCAAAGUGGUAAUUCGAAUUCCACUACUAGUGCGCCCGCCCGAGGGGUGAACCAUGUCACCAUGGAUCCUAGUUUAGCCGCUGUAUUGAAAAACAUGUCUAGGGAACUUAAGGAAAUUAAGGCUAAGGUAGACAAAUGUGAGUAUUGUCGAGGGGGUCACGACACGAGUGCGUGUCCACUGCUAGUAGGUGAGGAGCAAGUCGAUUUUGUAGGAGGGGGUCAAGGUAGAGGUCAACCUAGUGGGUUUGGUAAUAAUAACUUUGGUUCGGGCUGGCGUAAUAAUAAUUUUGCUUCUAACAACAAUUUUCGCUCAAACGGACCCCCUGGUUUUCAAAUAGCUCAAAAUCCAAAUAGGGGUUUAGGUUCACUCUUUGGUGGGGGUUCAAAUGGGCAGGUUAAUGAUGGGGGGUCAAGUAGUCAGGUUCAAACAGGUCAAGGGUCAUGCUAUGAUCUUGGGGGUAGUCUAGAAAGGAUGGAGUCCAUGAUGAGUCAAUUAGUUGUUAGGGACCAAACCACCCAAAAGAAACUUAGCGAACAUGACCUUAUGCUUAAGAAUCACCAAGCUGCUUUCCAAGACCUUCAAAGGGUUGUAGGUGAUAUGUCUAGGAAGUUAGAGGAGAGAUUACCCGGUCAGUUUGCGGGGAACCCGAGCGUAGAAGAGAGAGUAAUCGAUGAGGAUGGAGAUAUUGUAGACGAAGAGAUAGAAAUGGAGGCUCCCGGCAAAGUGCAAUCGAGGCUGCGCCCAGCAAGUACCGCACAGCCCGGUGAGUCUCAAGGUGAGAAGAAAGUAGAGAAACCUCCCGUGGAUGUUAGGCCUUCGCCUUUAGUGAACCAUGCGUAUGUCCCAUUCCCUUCCCGUCUUAAGAAUCAAAAAUACUCGAGGGAAUACGGGCAGUUCUUAGACAUCUUCAAGCAAUUGAAGAUUAAUCUUCCUUUUAUCGAGGCACUCCAGUCCAUGCCUAAAUAUGCGAAAUUCCUAAAGGACCUUCUUAGGAAUAAGGAGAAGUUAGGGGAGUUGUCGAAUGUCCCAUUGCAUGGAGGGUGUUCGGCCGUUGUCUCAAAUCAGCUUCCCGAAAAGCUUACCGAUCCCGGUGUUUUCACAAUUCCUUGUCUAUUCGGUAGUAACACUAAUACUAGAGCUUUAGCCGACCUAGGUGCUAGUAUCAAUUUGAUGCCCUUUUCUCUCUACGAAAAGCUAGACUUAGGCGAGCUUUCACCCACCCGAAUGACAUUAUCCUUAGCUGAUAGAUCCGUGAAACACCCUAGGGGUAUAGUCGAGAAUUUGCUUGUUAAGGUGGACAAGUUCGUUUUUCCGGCUGACUUCGUCAUCCUCGACAUGGAAGCCGAUGAAAACGUACCGUUAAUCUUAGGACGCCCGUUCUUGAACACCGCUAAAGCUCUCAUAGAUGUCUUUUUAGGCACCAUCACACUUAGAGCGGGCGAGGAAUCGGUAGUUUUUAAGGUUAUGAAUUCGAAAGGGCCUAGUGAUAGAGUGGAGGCGGUAUCGUCAGUAGGGGAGUGUGAGAAGGACGAGAGAGAUGAGGAGACGGUGAUAAGUGAUCCAAGUCUAGGGAAGGCGAUAGGACUCAAGUGUGGGGAUCCACCGGAUAGGAGAGUAGAGGAAUUAGAGGAGAGAAUAGUGCGUUUAGAAUCUAAGAUAGAGACACUGAGCAAGGUUCAGUGUGGGGAUGGAGUUCGAUAUGAAGAGUAUAGAUUCGAAUCGCCAAGUGAAGAGUUGAGAGGUUGUGAGAGAGAUAAGAGUGUUUGGAUUGAUUCGGGCAAUAAGUAUAAUGGUGCUACAGCCCGUGAGUGUGUGUUUGGAGAAUGUCACGUGCAGGAACUUCAAGUCGGGCCAACAGGAAACGAGGCCGAGACACUUGCUCAGGAAAGGGCCCAGUGGGACAAAGGCGGGUGA